AUUAAACAAGUGGUAAAGCCUAAGAGCAUGUGUGCUAGUGCUGAGCUUAUCUUCUCUUAUCUCCUCCAUGCUUUCGCCCUCUUCUCAACCCCACAUGCUCCCUCUCAGAUGUCACAUUCUCUUGCCUUGAUCGUGUGCUAAAGUGAGCGACUCCAUCCAUUAUCUUUCCUGGGAAAAAAGGGAAAAGAAAAUCCCUACACCCAUUUGCAAAUUCAUCGACUGGGAGACUUGCUUCCGUUUGCCUUGCCUUCCCUCCCUGGCCUCUGCCCGUUCCAGUGCAGUGCCUCAUCCUCCCCUGAUGCUUUUCCUGCAGUGACGAACAAGAAAAAUUCAGGAGAGAAAGAGCAGAGAGAGAGAGAGUUGAAAGGGAGUCCACUUUCGGUCGCAGCGUCUGCACGGCGCUGCUGCGACCGAAUCACUUGCCUUUCUGCUCGCUCAGUCCUCUCUCAAAACCUUGUCCCAUCUGGCAAGCAGAAGCAGGCUUUCCUUUCUCCCUCCUUGCCUCCUUGGCCUUUCCGGUCUCUGCACUGCAGCCUCCUGCCUGCUCCUCGGGCGCAGCGUCCAGCUGGUGCUGUAGCUCCACCUCCACUGCUGCGAGGUCUCUGCCCUGUCACUCCUCGAGUCCUCGACCUCGCAGCAGCCUCCUCCCCUUCCUGUCACCUAUCCGGCCGCCCGUCCGUCCCCUAUCCCACCUAUAUAUGCCAGCUUGCUCUGCCUCCCUGAGCCAGUGUGUGUGCGCUGUGUGCUUCGUUUCAGCGACUUGACUGAACUGUUGGAGCACAGCGCAGCCUCGUGCACAGGGUAGACAGGAGGAGACGGGGAAGGGGGGCGAGGUUGUGAGGAGGGAGAUGGCUUGGAAUGGCGGCUUCGGCGACGACGAGGAGGGGAGGGGCCUGGAGCUCAGCCUGGGCCUCCCGGGCUACUUCUCCAGGUCGCCGUGCCAGGCCGCAGGUUUGGAGGAGAAGGGAAGCGCCGGCUCUGCUGCUGCUGGUGCUGCUCGAGCCCCAAAGGGAAGCAAUGGUUCCAAGGCGAGGGCGGCGGCAGCUGCUCCGGUCGUCGGAUGGCCGCCGGUGCGCGCAUUCCGGCGGAACCUCGCCUCGUCGUCCUCCAAGCCGGCGUCCCACGAGCCAUCGAGCCAGAGGGGCAGUGACUCCACCACAGGCGCCGCCAAGGCCAUCGAGGCCGGCAAGAAGGGGCUGUUCGUCAAGAUCAACAUGGACGGCGUCCCCAUCGGCCGGAAGGUUGACCUCAGGGCGCACGCCGGCUACGACACGCUCUCCGCCGCCGUCGACCACCUCUUCCGCGGCCUCCUCGCCGCUCAAACAUCAGGAGGGGAGCAGGAGGUGAUCACAGGGGUCUUGAACGGCAGCGGCGAGUACACACUGGUCUACGAGGACGAGGAGGGCGACCAGAUGCUAGUCGGAGACGUGCCGUGGGAGAUGUUCAUCGGCACCGCGAGGCGUCUGCGCGUGCUGAGGAGCUCCGACCUGAGCCCGUCCUCGCUACGAGCAGCGAGCAGGAAGAGAGCAGCAGCUGAGUGCUGAACUCUGGUGCCUCUGAACAUGCUGCAGCUUUUGCUCUAGCCGUCUGUGUAAAUCUUCAAGCAGUUUCUUCGAUCUUAGUAGUCUGGUUACCAUGCUAUUAUCGAUUAGGGAAGCAAGAACCGAGAGUUGAUCGGUGUUGUUUAGAAUCAUGUCAGAACUUAUUUUGUACGGGAAGUUUGGCUGUGCUCAAGGGAGGUGUCUGUUCAUCAUCU